GUGAUUAAUGUAAGGUCACCUAUGGUCAUUUUGUAACAUGUUCAUGUAAGCUCUUAAAAAAGAAUCUAGUUUCUUCUUCUUUCUCCAGGCAGCCGACAACCCCCUCCCAUAUCACCUAUUAUCUCGUUCAUUCCACCGCACGUUCCUCUCGCCGGAAGCGCUGAACGCCGUCGAAACCGAAGCCUAACCACAGCCGCGCUACUCAAUUCGUCGUCCAGCUCACGCGCACUCGAGAUCUGAAGUUGCGGGCUUCGAAAUUUGUUGUUCUUCGUCCCUUCUCCGACGCCCAAACGGUAUCCGCCGAGCACGCCACCGCCCGACUAACACUCACGCUACCUCGUGAAAAUCGCUCGCGCUACGGUUGGAUAUGAAGUUGUAGCGGUCGGAUCUCACCACUUGAACCCGAGUCUUGAUAAUACAAGACAAGACGCUUCUUAUUGUGGCUACAUUGCAACCUGCGGCGUGUAGCUGCUGACUGUCUUAAAAUGUUCAAAAAUACGUUUCAGUCCGGAUUUCUGUCUAUAUUAUUCAGCCUUGGGAGCAAACCUCUCCAGAUAUGGGAUAAAGAAGUUUCUAAUGGCCACAUCAAACGCCCUCAAGAUGAAGACAUCCAAUCAAAUGUUCUUGAAAUCGUUGGAUCAAAAAUUCAGGCGACUUAUAUAACAUGCCCAGCGGAUCCAGCUUCUACACUGGGAAUAAAAUUGCCAUUCUUGGUUAUAAUCGUGAAGAAUCUCAACAAAUAUUUUACUUUUGAGAUUCAAGUUCUGGAUGAUAAGAAUGUCAGAAGACGGUUUCGAGCUUCUAACUUUCAAGCUAUCACUAGAGUUAAGCCAUAUAUCUGCACCAUGCCUCUUAGGAUGGACGAAGGUUGGAACCAUAUCCAGCUAAAUCUGGCUGACUUUACUAGGAGAGCAUAUGGGACGAACUAUGUCGAGACAUUGCGAGUUCAGGUACAUGCAAACUGCCGCCUGAGGAGGAUUUAUUUUGCUGACCGCUUGUACUCGGAGGAGGAGCUUCCACCAGAGUUUAAGUUGUACCUCCCUACGCAGAGAGCUUGACAAGUUUUCUGGCGGUGCUUUUACUUCUUGGAGAGCUUGAAGUUGUACUCUCUCUUUCUAGAAGACUAUCCUCAUUCAUACACCCAGACCGAAUGAACAAGUGACCAUGAAAUUUUGUGUCCGGUCUAAAUUCCUAUUGAACUUAGUGAAGUUGUGGACGUUUGUACUCUGAUUGCCUUGAACUUUUUGACACCGUAAUGGAAACCUGAACGUGACUAAUUUGUAAUUAUAUUCAUAGGCUCACUCGUAGAAUUUUGUGCUUUUCAGUUGUGCAAAUCAUCAUAUAGUUUAUGUUAUAGAAGGUGGUUGUGACUUCAUACCACUGCACAAACAAUUACAAUGGGCUAAAUUAUAAAAAAAAAAAUGAUCUCAAGCACUA